AAAGUCAGCUCCAUAUAAAAUGGGGAUAAAAAAAAUUAAAAACAUGAUAAAAAAAAGGUUAAGAUUAUACAGUGUUGGCCAUCUUUACAGAAACCACACACAGAGGCAGCGCAUGGUUUCAAAGACCACAAAUCCACCGGAGGGCUUUUACUUGGAUCCGACGGGCAUGGCCUUGCCGAACCUCGGCUCGUUUUCUUCACCCGCGGCCGGCAAUACGGCGUCGCAGAUGGAGGACCCUAGCAAGAAGGUUCGGAAACCGUACACCAUCACCAAGUCGCGCGAGAGCUGGACCGAGCCGGAGCACGACAAGUUCCUCGAAGCACUGCAGCUCUUUGAUCGUGAUUGGAAGAAGAUUGAAGCAUUUGUUGGUUCAAAGACUGUUAUCCAGAUACGUAGCCAUGCACAGAAGUAUUUUCUUAAAGCACAAAAGAGUGGAACCAAUGAGCAUCUACCUCCACCUCGCCCCAAAAGGAAAGCUGCUCAUCCUUACCCACAGAAAGCCUCUAAAAGUGUCCCUGUUGUAACACAAGAUUUAUCACAAUUCCAAGCAUCCACUGCUGUUCCUGGUGCUGAACUUCUAACGAUACCCGACCAUUCAGCUCAACUCAAGAAUCCCGAUGCUGCAUCUAUUGAUUCUGUUCCUGCCUGGAUAGACAAACCUGUGUAUAGUACCUUUUCGCACGUGGCCGGAGGUGAUGCCAGAUGUGCUGCACAGUCGCUGCCUAAUAUUUACCCUUCCAGUGGCAAUGAAAGCAUGACGAGGUCGAGGCCCACAGUACUUCCUGAUUUCGCUCAAGUAUACAGUUUCAUAGGCAGUGUUUUUGAUCCAAAUGAGACAAGUCAUUUGCAGAAACUAAAGCUGAUGGACCCAAUAGAUAUUGAAACGGUGUUAUUGCUGAUGAGAAAUCUUUCAAUCAAUCUGGCUAGUCCUGAUUUUGAGGUUCAUCGAAGGCUACUUUCGUCGUAUGAGAUUGAACCCGAGAAGGACAAUGCUAUUGAUGUAACUGAUCCUAUCCUUCUUAGCCCAUCUGGGGAGGCAACUUAAAAUAGACAUGUUUACUUGCAGGACCCGAGCAAACUUUGGGUGAUGUCCCUGCAGGAUGCAAAUUGACCCAGUCCUGCUAUUCCAAUCGUGAGCAUUAGUUUGUAUGUGAAUGGACUGCGAGUUGAGGAUAACUAACUGAAGUAACAAAGUUUAUGAUGGAAAAGCGAACAAAAAGAACAAGAAACAAGAAAAUAGGUACAUAUACUACUGGAGGAUUUUAUGGAAGGGGUUCGAUUUUAUUGUAAUAAUUGAGUUGGCAAUGUAUUUGGACUCCGUUUUCUUUUUCUUCUUUUAUCCCCUGCCUUAUUUUUCACAUGAACUUUGGGAAUAAGUUAACUCUUGUGCAAGCUUGUUCAAAUUGUUUCACCUUACAAAAUCGAACCUAAGUUGUUUAAAACCGUUAGUGAAAGUUUUAUUUUUUGUGGGAUGGAAGUGUAUAAGAUAUCGGGAUAACAGAACAUUACACAGUUAAGUGAAUCUAUUAAACUUCAGUGGAGUGAUUUUGUUAUUUCUUGUGUAACUGAUACCAUAUGAGAGGAAGAAGUAAUGGACAGUUAUGAUCAUUC